AUGGUCUCAAUUACCAUUAUACUCAAAACAAUAUUCGGACUAUUAAUUACCUUCAUUCAUCUCUCUACAUGUGAUCUCUCACAAGAAGCCACAAGCACCCAUAGUACCGGUCUAACUCUGGACCUAAUCCACAGAGACUCGCCUCAAUCUCCUUCCUACGACCCCUCACUCUCCGAUUCUCAGCGCCUCGCCAACUCCUUCCUCAGGUCUCUCAAACGCCACCAGCAUUUCAAUUCCCGAAACAUCCUCGCAUCAUCCCUGCCCGAUAUCGACCUUGUCAAAGUUCCUUGGGAAUACCUCCUCAAAUAUUCCAUCGGCACGCCACCCGUCCCGGCCCUUGGCAUAGCAGACACGGGCAGCGAACUCACAUGGAUCCAAUGCCAGCCCUGCCUCACUUGCUUCAACCAAACCCUACCCAUCUUCACCCCAAAAGCCUCCUCCACUUACAAAAAGGUCCUCUGCAAGACCCGAGUGUGCAGCUCCUUCCUGGGUAGCAGCUGCAGCCCGAGCCGAGGGACCUGCGUCUACUCCGAGGAUUACGUGGACGGGACGUACACUCGGGGCGAGCUGUCCACGGACACUAUCAGGCUGGGCGGGGGCAAAAGCGUCUUUUCAGUCCCGAGCGUGGUGUUCGGGUGCGGGUUCAGGAACAACAUCCAUUUCGAUGGUGGGGCGUCGGGAAUAGUCGGGCUGGGCGUCGGGCCGCUCUCCCUCGUCCGGCAGCUGGGCCCGCUGGCGCGGGGGAAAUUCUCAUACUGCCUGCUCACGCACUCUGACAAGUCGAAAACGAGCAGGCUGCACUUCGGGGACCGGGCCGUGGUCGCGGGCCCAGGGACGGUGUCGACCCCUCUGGCCAGGAAGUUGCCGGAGUUGUUCUACUAUGCAACAAUGGAGGGGAUCAGCGUUGGUAGCCAGAGGCUGGGGUUCAACGACGGGCCGGGCCCGGCCCAGGAAGGAAACAUCAUUGUGGACUCGGGAACCACGCUGACGUUGCUCCCGCCGGGGUUGUACGGGAGGCUGAGGGAGGCGGUGAAGAGGUCGGUGAAUCUGAGGGAGAACCUGAAGUAUGAGGGGGUGUUGGACCUGUGCUUCAUCAGCCGGCCGCAAGACAAGGUGCGGAUUCCGGAUGUGGUGGUUCAUUUUAAGGGGGCGGACGUGAAGUGGAGGCAAGACAAUUUGUUGGUCCGGACGAGCGAUGAGUCGGUGUGCCUGGCGGCUCGUCCCGCGGAGGGUGAUGCUGUUUAUGGUAACAUUGCGCAGGGGAACUUCUUGGUGGGGUAUGAUCUGGAGGCAAGGACUUUGUCCUUUAAGCCGGCUCAAUGUGCCCAAUCAGACUCGCCUCAAUCUCCGUCCUACGACCCCUCACUCUCCGAUUCUCAGCGCCUCGCCAACUCCUUCCUCAGGUCUCUCAAACGCCACCAGCAUUUCAAUUCCCGAAAUAUCCUCGCAUCGUCCCUUCCCGAUUCCGACCUCGUCGAUGCUGCCGGUGAAUACUUGCUCAAAUAUUCCCUCGGCACGCCGCCCGUCCCGUCCCUUGGCAUAGCCGACACUGGCAGCAACCUCAUAUGGACCCAAUGCCAACCCUGCCUUAGUUGCUUCAAGCAAGCCCUCCCCGUCUUCACCCCAAAAGCCUCCUCCACUUACAAAAAGGUCCUCUGCAAGACCCCAGCGUGCACCUCCUUCCCGGGUAGCAGCUGCAGCCCGAGCCGCGGGACCUGCGCCUACUCCGAGGAUUACGUGGACGGGUCGUACUCUCGGGGCGAGCUGUCCACGGACACUUUCGGGCUUGGCGGGGGCAAAACUGUCUUUUCUGUCCCGAACGUAGUCUUUGGGUGCGGGUUCAAGAACAACGUCAAAUUUUUUGACGGCGGGGAGUCGGGCAUAGUCGGGCUUGGCGGCGGGCCGCUCUCCCUCGUCCGGCAGCUGGGUCCGCUCGCUGGGGGGAAGUUCUCAUACUGCCUGCUCACGCUGUCCGACAAGUCGAACACGAGCAGGCUGCACUUCGGGGACAGGGCCGUGGUUGUGGGCCCAGGGACGGUGUCGACCCCUCUGGCCCGGAAGAAGCCACAGACGUUCUACUAUGCGACGCUGGACGGGAUAAGCGUUGGGAACCAGAGGCUGGGGUUCAACGACGGGCCGGGCCCGGUCCAGGAAGGGAACAUCAUCGUGGACUCGGGGACUACAGUGACGCUGCUCCCGCCAGGGUUGUACGGGAGGCUGAGGGAGGCGGUGAAGAGGUCGGUCAAUCUGAGGGAGAUCAAGGACCCAAAGGGGGUGCUGGACCUGUGUUUUUUCAGCCGCCAAGACGACGUGCGGAUUCCAGAUGUGGUGGUUCAUUUUAGAGGGGCGGACGUGAAGUGGGGGCAAGACAAUUUGUUGGUCCGGACGAGCGAUGAAUCGGUGUGCCUGGCGGUUCUGCCCUUUGAGGGUGGUGCUAUUUAUGGUAACAUUGCGCAGGGGAACUUCUUGGUGGGGUAUGAUCUGGAGGCAAGGACUCUGUCCUUUAAGCCCGCUCAAUGUGCCCAAUCCUGA